AUGGUCGGUAUGCAGGAGAACUGGAUUCAAAGUUCAGGUGACAUCCUCAGUGGAGUUUGCUACGUGGGAAUAUGGAACGUGGAAGCCAUGAGCAUGUUCGUCCUCAUCCCCCUCGUCGUCUACCUCCUCUUCGGUACCAUCUUUCUUGCGUCGGGCUUUGUAUCCCUCUUCAGAAUAAGGACCGUAAUGAAACACGACGGCACCAAGACGGACAAGCUGGAGAAGCUGAUGAUCCGCAUAGGGGUGUUCUCCGUCCUUUAUACCCUCCCAGCGCUUGUUGUCAUAUCCUGCCUCAUCUACGAGCACACCUACUUCGAUGACUGGAUGAUGACGUGGAACCAGGACAUGUGCCAGAAGUCCAAGUACGCUAUUCCUUGUCCGAGGGAUAUAAGAGUGGAAAGCCAUCCUAGAUUCGAAGUGUUCAUGAUCAAAUAUCUGAUGACGAUGAUAGUCGGUAUCACGUCUAGCGUCUGGAUCUGGUCGGGGAAGACAGUGCACAGUUGGAAGGUGUUUUUUAACAGGUUGAAGGGUAGGCAUGUCGAGGCCUAUGUUUGAACGUUGUUAGAUUUCAAGUUAUUUAUGGGUCCGAUUGUAGCGGACUUUUUUGUGACCAAAAAUGUACCAUUUUUAUCAAUUUGAUUGCUGAAGAAGGAUGCAAGUGGAAUGAAUGCAGUGCCAAUCGAAGGACAGUGACAAAAGAAAAAGAGAAUCCUUUCAAAAGUUUCACCAAGAUGGAAAUUCAGGAGCUAUAAGAAAUUCAACUCAAUGACAUUUAAAUAUGUAUAAGAACUUAAAAUUGCAACAAUGUUUCAAUGGAAUGCCAUAAUUUAAAAUAUUCAAUAGCUGUCAGAUUCGUAUCUAUUCAACAAAUAACAACCAACUAGUAGAAAAAUUGGAACUGCCAAAACUUUUCAUAUUGCCAGGGCAUGUAAGCAAAACUCACCUCUUACUCUGGGCAUAUUCAAUGCAAUCAUGGAAAAUGUGAGUCAGUUAUGUGAAAGACUCAACAUAUACCAAAAGCAUUGAAGUAAUUUGAGAAACUCUGCGCUAGGAACCCCAGGGGUUUUAAAUUCCACUUGCCUAUGAAUGAUGAGUGAAUGGUUUUUUAAGGUGUGAUAAACAACACAAUGAAAUGGGAGUCUUGUAGACGUAAAUAUGUGUACCUAACCUUUUUGUAAAAUAGGCUUGUUUAUUCUUGUAAUAUUUGUUGAUGACAUGACUAGAUGCACUGCCAGUUGCUCUUUAUUAAAAUAUGUUUGAUAUGUAUCCAUUUCUGAGUUGGAAGAAACAAAAUUGAGUCUCUGAAUGGUCGUAUAUGUUGACGUUUAUAUUUUUCCCUUCAAUUUCAUCGACUACAGCCAAAUAGCU